AUGUGCAACUGUGAUCAAAGUCGGAAGGAUGCUAGAGGUCCUAUUUUCAGGAUUGAGCCACCAUCAAGAGUGGAGUUCUCCAAUAACAGUGGAACUGAACUGCGGUGCAGCAUAGACGGAUCACCCUCACCGAAACUCGUGUGGUUAACGAGAGAGGGGAACGAAGCUCACGACAUUCACGGACUACGUCACACCCGAUCAGACGGCACGUUGCUCUUUUCACCUUUCCCAAGAUCUGAAUACAGAAGAGACGUACACGAUGCUGUGUACCAAUGUUCCGCAACGAACAACAUCGGGAGCAUUUUGAGCAGAGAAGUUCACGUGAGGGGAGUUAUCAAGCAGCGUUUUGAUCCACAAGUGUACGACGACUUUGUUGUGAGAGGAAACACAGCAGUAAUGCGAUGCCAUCUACCAACAUUUGUAAAAGAAUAUGUCACAGUAGAUUCGUGGAUUAGGGAUGACAAACAAAUCUUGAAAAGAAAUGACAUGAAAGGAAGUUCGUAUACAGUACUAAAUUCAGGAGAAUUACUCAUACAUGGUGUUAUGGAAAAAGAUUCGCAAAGAACGUUCUCCUGUCAAACUAGGCACAGGUUAACUGGCGAAAUGGUGAUUAGUGCCAGUGCUGGAAAAAUAGUCGUAACAGAGCCUCACGCAUCCACAUUGCCUCGUGUCACAUUCAGCAAUGCUCAGGUACGAACAGAAGAGAAUUCUUUUGCUCAAGUUCCAUGUGUUGCGCAAGGAAAUCCACCUCCUACCUACAGGUGGAUGAAGGACUCGUCCGGAAUUCUUCACCCGAUCCAUGAAGAUGGAAGGAUAUGGAUAAAUCAGGGCACGCUAAACAUUAAAAAAGUGCAGCUAAAUGAUGGUGGAAAAUAUCAGUGCAUUGUAAGGAAUAGCAUAGGAGAACGACGCAUUGAAACUGUUCUUGUUGUCACAGCUGCUUUAACAGUAAACAUGAAGCCCGCGAGACAAGUUCUGAAUAUCGGGCAAGAAGCCACCUUCAACUGCAAUGUCACCGGAUACCCCAUCCACACAAUAGUCUGGAAAAAGGAUCAACGGCAACUGACGCCAUCAAAUCGUGUCAGACUUUUGUCGAGGGACGUUCUUCACAUAACUUCUGUGAGAAGGGAUGACAGAGGGAUGUAUCAGUGCUUUGUACUGAAUGAUAUAGAUGGAGCGCAAGGAAGUGCAGAGCUGAAAAUAUCGGAUGUCCCACCAACAUUAAUAUCUGCUUUUCCUGAACAUACAGCUCAUUCAGGAGAUACAAUAUCUCUAAAAUGCGUUACAACCGGCAACCCUCUUCCUCGAAUAACAUGGUAUCUAGAUGACAUCCCCAUUCAGCAAGGUCCACGAGUAGCUGCUGUGGACCGCAUGGGUGACUUAGGCCACGUCACAGGAAUACUUAACAUCAGUGAAGUUAGAGUGGAAGACAGCGGUGAAUAUCGUUGCCAAGGAGAUAAUGAUGUUGGAAGCACUUUUCAUGGGGCGAGGCUUAAUGUCUUUGGAUCACCUUUUGUCCGAAUGAUGCGCAAUGUGACGGCUGUGUCUGGUGAGGACUUGGUGAUUCGAUGCCCGUACGGUGGUUAUCCAAUCAAAGGAAUACGCUGGUUUAAAAAUGGUGUUCUUUUGCCUUUAAACCACAGACAGAAAAUCGGACAUGGUGGUACUCUUACAAUUCAAACAAUACAGAGAUCAGCAGACAGAGGGGAAUACAGCUGCUCAGUAAAGAACAACGAUGGCCAAGUUGCUUCAGGUGUGACUCACGUCUCCGUUGUUGUUCCCCCAGUGAUUGACGCCCAUUAUUUCCGAGAGAGUAUCACUGUUGAUGAGGAGGCUCGAACGAAGUUGAUGUGUGUUGUCAUCAAAGGUGAUCCACCAAUUCGUUUCCAUUGGCUAAAAAAUGGACAGCCCUUUCUGGCGCAUGGAGAUACUACAGUAGCAACUUCAGAGGACACCUCCAUAGUAACGCUCAAGAAAGUUGUUUCGAGUGAUAGAGGGCAAUAUACAUGCGUCGCAUCAAAUAUCGCUUCCUCUACUAACAGAACGAUGCAACUUAUUGUGAAUGUCCCUCCACAAUGGACAGUAGAACCCAAAAAUACGUCAGUUAUUUUAGGGCAUAAGGUAUGGAUUGAUUGUGCAGCAGUGGGAUUUCCAACUCCAAGCAUCUUAUGGAAAAAGCUUCUUCAUACAGAGAGCAGUUCCGGGGAUUUUACGUACGUGCACUCUAAUCCUCGCGCCCAUCGCUAUAGCAACGGAACUUUGAUGAUUUCUGAUGUUGAAGUGAGCGACGCCGGCCCCUACCUGUGCCAGGCGAGCAACGAUAUUGCGGCCGGGCUUAGCAAAAUCAUUUCACUAUACGUGUUAGUUCCACCCGUUUUUAAAGACCCUUUUCAAACGAAAACAGUCACUGAAGAAUCAAAUACAACCUUGAGAUGCAUAGCGACUGGACAUGCCCCUAUUGUUAUCACAUGGCAGAAAGACAAGUCUUUGAUCGAUAUCAAUAAACAUGGCAGGUUUUCUAUAAGAGACAUUGCAAACUCACAACAGACGAUGUCUGAGCUCCACAUAAUGAAGACACAUAGAAACGACACUGGAACGUACAGCUGUUCAGCAGUGAGCGAUAUAGGGUCCGACGAAGCCACGAUACAGUACAUUGUACAAGGUAGACCUGAUCCUCCAUGUAACAUAACCAUAGUUAAUAUGACAAGUCGUUCUGUUACAUUACAAUGGAAUAUCAGCCAUGAUGGAAACAGCCAUGUGACGGGAAGUGUAAUACAGUAUCAGUCUAUAUCCGACAGCAGUUGGAAUGGACAGACCUCUCAGCUGAUAGUUUCCGGGGCUGAGAAGACGGCCACUUUGCGAGCCCUCUCACCCCUCACUCUCUACUUCGUGCGCAUUGUUGCGGAAAAUGCGCUGGGGCACAGCAGCCCGAGUGAAGUGGUCAACGUGACUACGGCGGAGGAAGCACCGUCUGGGUCACCUAAGGAAGUUCAAGUUCACUCAACUGGAGCACAAUCUAUAAAAGUUUCAUGGAAGCCUCCACCAGAAGAUACAGUAAACGGAUACAUACGUGGAUACUACAUAGGGUAUCGGAAAUCUUCUUCAGUCGAUGCCUAUACAUAUAAACAGGUGGAAAAAUCAAAGGAAAGUGAACAACAAUCGACAUAUAUUACCGGUUUGCAACCUUUCACAAAAUAUGAUAUUGUUGUAAAAGCAUUCAACUCAGCCGGUGCUGGUCCAAAGUCUCCUAAAAUUGUUGGAAAGACUUUGGAAACAGCUCCACCAACUUCUCCUGUUGUACAAGUAGUAGAAGCAACGAAAUCAACAAUCGAAAUUAAGUGGCCGAAAGAUCCCAAGGACAAGUCUGCAAUUACUGAGUACACAUUGCACUAUAAAUCCGAAGAUGGCAAUUGGCAACAGCAGAAACUAAGUAGUAAAAGUGAUCACUACACUCUUGGCAACUUGCGGUGUGGAAAGAGGUAUCAACUGUACAUGACAGCAUCAAACAGUUUGGGUACUGGAGAGCCGAGUGAACGAGUAGUCGCGCGAACGCAAGGAGCAGCUCCGAUUGCUCCACAGAUUUCAUCCUUUAUAAAACCAAACGCUACUUUUGCAACUUUACACUUUGGAGCUUGGCAGAGUGGUGGAUGUCCUAUUUAUUAUUUUGAAGUGAAAUACAAAACUAAGAGCAUGAAUCAAUGGACAACGGUUUCCGAGCGUUUGGACAUGCCGAAGAAUCUGUUUGCCAUCCGAAAUCUCAUACCAGACAGAGAAUACGUUGUCAUGGUUACUGCGCAUAGUGAAGCGGGUCGAACUCAAGGGGAGUACAACUUCAGAACACUUGAUGCAGUUGCCGUAGGACCGCCUUCAUCUCCAGCAUUUGGAAAACGGGAAACCGACAUUCCUUUUUACAAAAAUGUUGCUCUUGUCGUGCCUGUUGUUGUUGCUUCUUUAGUUCUCAUCAUGAUCGUCUUCAUUGUGGUUGUUUGCUUCAGAAAACAUUCCCAGGAUAGACGAGAUUAUGAGAUGCGGAAACCUUGCAGUGAUACAUUUAUGAUGAGUGAUUUGAGCAAACAGAUCACCAACAAGUCACCUAAGAAUUCACACUAUGCUUGUCCUACGAACAAAUUCUCAAACAAAGGAGAUUAUGCAGAACCCUAUACUUGUAAUGACAAUACUACAACGAGACAGGGUUCCGACGGAAUCUUCGCAACUAUUAAAAGGUGCCCAACGAGGCCUAUAUAUAUGAGCUCAUCUUAUAAGCAAGGAUCAGAAGGCAGUCAGCACAUCUCAGCACACGACGGGAUAGCCCCAGUGGAACCUAGUAAUAAUUCAGAGAGGUGGCGGCAAGACACAAGCAGCGACCACAAGCCAAUGCGAUGACAAAGUGUAAAUACUAUCCACGAAUCAUCAGCCUCACUUUGUACAUUGACAUUACGAGAAACUGUCAUUUGAAUGUUCAAAUAUUUGCUCACGCUAAGCGAUGCCAAAAUUAGUUUGUACAUUUUAAAAUGUUAUUUAUCAUAUAUACAUGUUGAAUAAAAUUCUCCUAAGUGUCUUUAUUUAUUAUGCAUUUCCUUACGUUACUAUAAAUCGUACUGAAUAAUAUAAGC